GCGCCUCCCCAAAGAUUCCCUCUCCGCUCUUCCUCCUCACUCUGUCCUCCACUCCACCCAUCUCAUCCCUCCAUCACAAGGCUGGUGGGAACGGUCACGCUACCACACCACCGGUACAGGCAGUAGUAACUGCACUGACACAGUGACACUGAACACGCUUCUUGCUCGUGCUCGCAGUUGCAGCUGCAGUCACUACCCUGUCACUGCAUUGCCUCGAGGGGCAGCAAUGGCGUCGCCAAGAUCCGUGGCCGUCCUUGUGCUCGUGCUCUUCGCCUUGUGGAGAGAGGGGGAGGCGGCGACGUUCACUUUCGUGAACCGGUGCGCGGACACGGUGUGGCCUGGCGUCCUGUCCAACGCCGGCAGCCCGCGGCUGGAGCCCACGGGGUUCGAGCUCGCGCCGGGCGCCGCCCGCGCGGUGCCGGCGCCGUCGGGCUGGUCCGGCCGCAUGUGGGCGCGCACGGGCUGCACGCAGGACGGCGCCACGGGGCGGCUCGUCUGCGCCACGGGCGACUGCGGCUCCGGCGCCGCCGAGUGCGCGGGUGCGGGCGCCGCGCCGCCGGCCACGCUGGCCGAGUUCACGCUCGACGGCAGCGGCGGGCUCGACUUCUACGACGUCAGCCUCGUCGACGGCUACAACCUCCCCGUGCUCGUGGAGACCUCCGGUGGCGGGGGCUCCACCGGGCCCGCGUCGUGCGCGGCGGCCGGGUGCGCCGCGGACCUGAACGCGAUGUGCCCCGCCGAGCUCCGGGCCGGCGGCGGCGCGGCGUGCCGGAGCGCGUGCGACGCGUUCGCGCGGCCCGAGUACUGCUGCAGCGGCGCCUUCGCGUCCCCGGCGGCGUGCCGGCCGACGGCCUACUCGCAGGUGUUCAAGACCGCGUGCCCGCGCUCCUACAGCUACGCCUUCGACGACCCCACCUCCACAUUCACCUGCGGCGGCCGCCCCGACUACACCGUCACCUUCUGCCCCGGCGCCACCCCAAGCCAGAAGUCGACGACCAUGCCGGGCGCCACGCCGACGACGGUACCGGGGACGACCACCACCACGACGGUGCCGGGCGCCACGCCGACGGCUGUGCCCGGGACGUCGUCGGUGCCGGGCGCGACGCCGGCCAUGCCGACGGGGACCAUGAUGCCCGGCACGACGUUCACGGACGCCACCCCGGACAGCGCGAUGCCGAUGGGCGGCGGCGGCGGUCUCGGCAUCGAGGGCGGGGAGCAAGGCAGCGUGCUCCUCGGCGGCAGCAGCAGCGAGGGCGGCGUCUCGUGGCUCGCCAACAUGGCCACCGGAGACGCGUCCGCCGCCGCCGUUGCCCCGCUAGCCGCUUCGGCGCGGCUGUUGAUGGCAGCGCCACUGGCGACGCUGCUCUGGCACCAUUUGAGGCAGCUCCUGCUGCUGUAGGCUGUAAUCUCGAAUCUGUAGUGGUGGGAUUAAUUAGAGGAAUUCGUUUGCAAUUUGGGAAUGGGGGAGAUCCACAGGUUGAGACGACAGGGUUUGUGCAUGGUGGUGUGUCUGUAGAUGAUGAUUGAUUGAUGUUUAAGUUAGUCCCAGGAUUAGAUACUUGUGGCUUCUAACUAGUUUUAGUGGAAGAACGCAUGAAUGUUUAAGCUAAUCCUUCUCCUG